AUGGCCGACUCCGGCUCGACGACCCCUGCUCGCAUGACCACGCCUGGCUCGACAUCCGGCAAGAGUCCUACCAAGUCCCGUCGGACGGCUUUCACCGGACAUGUAAUAGUCCCCCCUGUUCCCGACCGAUCCACGUUCAUGCGGACUCACGAUACUGUUGAUUCUCGCUCCGUUCUCCGACACAGCGUCUCCGAUGAGAGUCUACAGGUCGGACGAAGUGGCAGAUCGUCCAGCGAGCCACCUGCUCCUCCUUCGAAAGAGGGCUCGGACUUGCCUUCGGACAUGCUGCUCCAAGCCGCCCGACUGAAGCUCUCUUCGAUGGAUCAGGAGGCUAUGCGAAAGCUCAGAUCGACAAUGCAGGAGUACAGCGAUACGAGUGACUCACAGUCUCUUGGCGACCCUUCCAUCCUCAGUCCAAGGUCGGGCAACACUGAUUCGAGCUUCGGCAGACAGGGCCAUGAGAGAUCGAGAAGUUCGACUUUGUCCAAGCCUGUCUUUGGAAUGGAGACACAGUCAGAGGCAGGCCCCAGUGUGCCAAGGAUCGGCAGACCCGAGAAUCAAGUGGGUCCCAAGUCGGCUCACCUGCCGACCCAUGAAAACAUCCACGUGGACCACACCAUCGCGGUUCUGGGUCAUCGUGGCGUUGGGAAGUCAACAUUGAUCAAGCGUGCUGUAAGGGCUUGGGGUGCAACAGAGCCUACAGUCUUUCAAACUCCUCAGGGAUACAGGGUCUCGUCCUGCAUCUCCAUGGUGCAGCCCGGAGGCAAUCUCAAACGAUCCUGGACGGUUGAACUCCUCGAACUAAGCAUUGAGGCGCUACAGCUUGAUGAUCCCGGACCGAGCAAGCGAGAGCUUCUCCCUAGCCUUCUUCCUCCCAUAUCUGGAGCUGUGUUAUGCUACGAUGCAACUCGGGAGCAGUCGCUGGCCAAUGUGGCCGCCGUCCUUGAAGCACUAGCAUCUCAAAGCCUUCCUUGCGUGCUUUUAGCAUGUAAAUCAGACCCAGGUGUCGACCUUCAAGUCAAACCUGUUCAAGGAGAUGCUCUCGGUCGACCGUACAACGUAGGUCUCAUCGAAGUGUCCAGCAUGACUUCCGAAGGAAAGAGCAAGAUGCGCAAUGCGUUGAGAUGGUUAUUGUUCAAGCUUGAACAGCGUCAACGGCGAACACUCAGAAAAGCCUCACCGCCGUUGAAGACGUCGCCACCGAUCGUCCGUGUCACAUCUACGGGAAGUGACACGUCCUCUGGCGCUGAACGCGUCAUGUGGUCUCGAACCGUGAAGCUUGGUAGACUGGGCACAGAUUCAGACGCGCAGUCAAGCUCGAGCAGCUUGCAUAGGCUGGUGAAGGAUCCUUUGAUCAGUACGCAGGUGGCUGAGGUAGAAAUUGGUGGAAAGCCUCUCGAUGAAAGGCAAUCGGCACAAUCUCUCAACAUUGAGAAUCACCAGACCGAAGAGGUUCCCGAAAGUAUCUGGUUCAGCGAACAGACCCUGAUGAAUCGCUUCUUUUCGGCGAUUGUUUCCGCAAAAGACGAUAAUUUCCUGGCCGCUUUCCUCCUCACGUAUCGCCGUUUCGUGACACCUGAACGGCUCAUCAAUCUCCUUCAUGAGCGUUUGUCGGAAGUCCAACAGUAUCCCGUGGCCACUGAUAUCCGGCACUGGGCACUGCAGCGACUCGUCGGUGGUCUCGUGGAUUGGACCCGUUCAUACCCUGGAGACUUUGCGGACCUCGCAGUCGAACAGAAGCUGCGCACCAUCAUCCAUGAGACCUCCUCACAUCUAUUUAUGGCCCACAUAUUCGGUGAUCUGGUCGAAUUCGAAGAACGCUUGCCUCAUCUGAUCGACCUUGACAAGUCCUGGUCCAGCGACAAUCGGAUGUCUAAGACGCUUGACGUGCUUUCGGUGCCUCUGUCUGCAGCAUCGGAGCUGGUCCUCGAUAACAACGUCUUGUACGAUUUUGAGUCAUCCGUCGGCAAAUCAAAUACUGGGACGCUGCCAACGACUGCAAAUGAUAGUCCGGCACCGUCGUUCCAUACUCGAUCGACGCAUAGUCUCCAGCCCGAGGACAGUUAUCCGCAGCGAGAGCAGGUGGCACAUCCAAAACCUCGAGCAGAGUUCUAUCGGCAUGGCGUGAUGGAGGAUGCAGGCUUUGGGAGGUGGACUGCGGCCGCCAAUUAUCUCCUCAAUAGCGACCCUGCCACUUUCGCAGCAGAGUUGACCAGAGCUCAAUGGUCAUUAUUCAGAACGAUUAGGCCGCGUGACGUCUUUAGACAUGACUUUGGAAAUGAAAAGGAGACACCGGUGAACAAGUCUGUCAACUUUUUCAACCACAUGUCGAGAUGGGCGUCGACCAUGAUCCUGGCUCACCAUAAGGCCAAAUACAGAGCCAGGAUCUAUGAGCGGUUCAUGCUCAUCACGCACCAUCUGCGCCGCUUGAACAAUUACGACGGUCUUUAUGCCAUAUUAUCGGGGAUGCAAGAGACUUCUAUUCAUCGGCUGAACCAAACUCACGCAUUGAUUCAACCUUCCACCUCGAGCCGAGAGUCUCAGAACCACUUGACACUCAUGGAUCCCCGUGGAGGCUACAGUCAAUAUCGGAGUGUGGUUCAAUCCGACAUUGUUCAAGGCAAGAGCGCCAUCCCGCUUUUGACGGUCCUUUUGGGCAUGGUGAAUCGUCUUCAGUCGACCCGGCGUGAAGACAUUCGUGAGACGGACAACUUUAUACAGUGGGACAAGUUUGCCCGCUUUCACGAGAUCCUCUCCGUCAUUACAGACUGCCAAGCUCGCGGAAUGCCCAUAAGUGGGAAAGUGUCUCCCGUGUUCAGGAGGAUCAUCGAUGAGACUCCGAUCAUCAUGAGCGAGGAUGCGCUUUUCGAACGGAGCAGGCUGCUGGAGCCGAUCGGCGGAGGAGGAAGUAGGGCAGCAAAUGCUUUCAAGCGGUUCGUGAAUAAUGUCGAUCAAACCAUGAGGAGCUCACCUGGUGGUCCGUCACUGGCUCAUAUGCGGUGA